GCCUAGUUACUCGUUCCUUAUUGCCGCUUUUAUUUGCGUGGCGACAUUAUCCACCACCUGAACCCCCAGGGUGGCUGCCAGAAGGGUUGUGAGAGCCAGCGUUCGGGCGAAAGGGCGCAAAAGGCCCGUCGAAGGAGGCGCGGGCGGCGAGGGCGUUUUCCCGCGCGGGCGUUUCAUACCCUGUUUGUUUACGUCGUGAGGCCUCGGACGGCCAGGCGGACGCGACCCCUUUUAGCUUGCUAAUUAUCGGGACUGGGAUGCUUGCCGCUCGUUACUAGUUGGCGGAGGAUGUGAUAGCGGCGCAGCGUGACAGGUGGAGAGCCAGAAUGAAUUCGUUCGUGAGCGUCGACAGGGAGGAGGACGCGUUCAGCCUCCAUGGCGACCCGACCAAGCCCGAGGAGGAUUCGUCCCAUGGCGGGGACUCGUGCUCCUCUUCGGCUGGAAGCGUCGUGCUGCUGCUGCCGAAGGAGAACGUCGUGGUGGAGGCGAGCGAGGACGAGGCGUCGCCGGAUGUGAUUCCUAUCACGGUGGACAACAUCCCCGUCUAUUUGUCGCGGUCGGCAGACGGGACGCCGCUGUUCAUCAGGCGUCGACCGCCCACCAUGGAGGAGCUGCUGCUCACCAGCCCCGACGAGGCAACCCCCAGCUUCGACGGGUUCUCCGAGGCCAGCGGCAAAACCUUCGAGGGCUUCUCCGAGGCUAGCGGCAAAACCUUCGAGGGAUUCUCUGAGACCAGCGGCAGGACCUUCGACGGGUUCUCCGAGGGCAGCGGCAGCACUUUCGAGGGGUUCUCAGAGGCCAGCAGGUGCAGCAGUGCAGGCAGUGGUUCCUUUGAGGGUUUCACUGAUGAGGUUGUUUGUUUCCGGGAUGAAGAUAGGAUCAGUACCUGUUUAGAUCCCAAAACUGUCAAAAGAACAGAACAGUCAGGUGGGGCAUCACGCGUUUCAUCUCUGGGGAGUAGGAAGAGGAGCCACAGCCUGAUGCAGUGCUCGGAAAGCCCUUCAGAAGACAAAGUGGUACUGGGAAGUGAGAGCACAGGAGUAAGGACAAGAAAGCAAUCUCAAGGUCAUGCAAAGGAGGAGGAGGAAGUGGAGAGCAGUGCAGUUGUAUCAGUUAAAAAGGAGGCUGAGAACAGAACUUCUAAUUCUCCAUUGGAAAAGGAUGUGAAUGUGGUGCAUGAAGAAACAGACCAAGAUGUGACCAAGCAGAAUAGAGUUGACUCAACUCAAGAUUCACCAAACAAACGCAAGAGAGGGAGACCAAGGCUAAAUUCAAAUAUGCAAAUUGAAGCUGGCAGUGUGGAAAUCCUGUCUGAAGACUUCAUUGGCAAGUAUUGCAAUCGUGUUGGUUGUACCAUCAGUUGGCUAGAGAGCUUUCGUACAAUGUGCAUAACACCAGUAAAUGGAAUGGUAUAUGAGCUUAGUGAAUUUGCCAAUAAGAUUGCUUGGGAACAAGAUUAUAUUGCUGUAUGGCUCUUAAGACUCUGUGGAUUUACUGGUACUAUGCCAACAGCAGAAGAUCAUGCAAAAGUACGCGUUAUAUUAAAGCGAAGAAAGGCACUUAUGGUUACAUUAGCAGGACAGAAAUUUGGAAGUGCAAAACUUCAGGAAUUUGAUGAAACCAAAUUUAUUUUGCCAACAGUCAGUGAUGUCAAGUUGGAAAAUGUCAUUCAUGAACAGACUAUCGAAAAUUUGGUUAGUGAUGUUAGAAGAUCCAAGAGACAAAGAGUUGCAAAACCACUUGAAGAAGUUGAGGAAAUAAGUGAAUAUUUAGGGGAUGAUGUUACUUGCAAGGAAGAAGAAAUUACAUUUUCCACAAACCUGGAGACUGUAGAAGUAAAGGAGGAACAAGAAGACAAAUCAUUAGUUGAUUCUAGUGUUAAAACUUUUCAGGCAGCAGGUAAGGAGUCUGUACUUGAUUCAAGCCCAUAUACAUGUCAAACAUCAUCAGGUACUGAUGAAGCAGUAGGUAUAGACACUAGUACAAGUUGUGUAGGCAUAACACAAGCUGGUGAAAAGAAGCAGACUGGCAGCAACAAAUUCAAAGGAACACUUGGGGUUAGUAAGAGUGGCCGAGUGCGAAAACCUAGCGCCAAGGGAAGUGUUUCUAUAGAAUUUAAGUACUUGUUUAUGGAAAAACAAGGCCCAUUUACAGAAUCCUCUAAUCCUGGUGUUAGUGCAACACAGAAUGAAGAGAAUAAUGAUUUAAAGAAAUCUACUUACAGUAAAGGUAAUGCUACCCUUCCUGCUGAAAAUGAAACUCCAACACAGAAAGAACGAACAAAGAAAUGUUUCAUUGGCCCAAGACACUUGAAUAAAUAUAUUGAUAUGGAAAACAAGCGGGUGUCAUUCACUUUAGAGGAUGGCCGUGUGAUUCCCUGUUUCAAAGAAUUGGACUAUAAUCUAGGUCCACGCUCCUGUGCAGUGGGACUCACAGUUGGCGAUCUUAACACAAAGGACAAGCUUGAUAUUAAGCUCAGCAAUGGAAUUGUCAAAGAGCUUUUUGAUUUCUAUAUUUCUCGCGGGUCAACGCUAACUUCCCUGGUGUGCCGUCUCUUUUGGAUGCUUGGAGUUCCUCAUGAUCCUGGCAGAAUUUUGUCUACAACAUCAAAGAUAGGUAUAUUAGGUAGAACUCUUCAAGCAGAUCACCCUAAGGCAAAUGAAGUAUUUUCUUUGCCAGAGAAAAUGCCAUACCGCAUCCAUAGGCCUUCAGUGAAGACUUUGCAAAAUAAGAUAAAAAAGAGUGGAAAAGUGUUAAAGAAAUACCAUAGCUCCAGAAGGAAAGCUUUACACUCAAAACUGAAACAUUCUAAGUUAUUGGGUAAGAAGGAAGUUGAGAAGAGAUCACCCCCGGAAGAAGAAGCAAAUAGCAUGAAAAUGAAAUGUGCAACAGCUCUUAAUUCACCACAGUCAGAAGACCUUACUAUAGAGGAGGAAGUGAUAAAAACAAGAGGUAAGGAAGGUUCUAUAACAAGAGGAGAUAUUGUUUACUUGUAUACACAAUGGUUGAGGAAUAAGAAGAAAUUAGGAAGCAAUGUUUUUGUCACAGAUCUUCUGAAAAAUGUGGAGCAGCUUAUGGCAGAGAGAAAGAUUAAAUUAAUACGGGUGCCUGCAGGAACUUUGAUGUCUUCAUCUGUCAAACUGUAUGAUGAAUACAAGCAAAUGUGUAAUAUAAACAAGGAGGAUGCAAUGAUGUAUUUGGAGGAUGACUGGUUAGAAGACAUUCAGUACCUGUUGUCACAGUCACGGCCAGUUCGUAGGAGCACAUUUGAAGGUGAUAGUACAAGCUGUAAGACUGACCCUGACGAUACUGGAUCUCACCAAAGUAUUGGGGGAGAUGUCAGUGAUUCAGAUAUUAGUGAGAGAAACUUGAUAAUCGAUGAGGGGUCUGAUGAAGGAAAACAGCAGUCAGGCACAAAGAAAUCACGGACAGCCAAUGAACUCCUUGCAUCAAGAAGAGUUGUUUCCAACACAGUAAAAUCAGUAGUUGAAGAUCCAUCACAUGGCAGGAGAGACGAAACAUUGUUAAGGAAAACAAGACUUAGAUCAUAUAAGAAAGGUUAUUAUGAAGAGUUUGUAUCAGAUUUUGAAGAUCCAUCACAUGACAGGAGAGACGAAACAUUGUUAAGGAAAACAAGACUUAAAUCAUGUAAGAAAAGUUAUUAUGAAGAGUUUGUAUCAGAUUUUGAAGAUCUUGAUUCAGAGGAUGAAUUUCUAAAAGAGAAGUCAGUCACUGCCCAGACUUCAAAAGGACAAAUAAAAAAGAUUAUAAGAUCUGAAAAUAAACUUAGCACAAAAAGUGAAGGAAAUACAUUCAGUUUCUCCAAGGAAGAAUACGAGGUUGAGAAAAUUCUUGAUUUCCGCUACAUCAGGGAUAAGGAAAAAGAGAGAGUACAGUAUCUUGUUCGAUGGUCUGGUUUUACCCAAGAUGAUGAUUCUUGGGUAGAUGAAAAUGACCUUGACUGUCCAAAGAUCCUAGAGGACUUUUGGGAUGCAGAAGACUUCUGUAAGAAACCAGAUAGGUCAAAAGUGUGUGCCAAGAAAAGAGAAGAAAGUUUAUCUAGAUAUGCAGAUGAAAUUAAAACUCAUUAUACACCUUUUAGGAAGGGAGAAUCAGAUAAGGAAAAUGAUGGAGACAUUUUGGAGGUGUUGAUGCGCCACACUUCUGUGAAAAGACAUAUUGGCCGUCCAAGAGCAAGAAGAUUGUCUCAGUCCCAUGUUUCAGUACAAGAGAUAUUAGAGUUAUAUAAUACCUGGAGAAGAGACAACCAAAAUGUUUUAAUGGCAGGUGGUUCAAACACUGUCAAUGUGGACACCCUUGUGAAAAGUGUAAAGAAACUGAUGGCAUCCAAAAACAUAACAAAUUUUCAUCCAGAAUCACUCUUGAAUGCUUGCUUUAUGAUGACUUUAAUCCGAACAAGGCUGAAGUCUGAGGAAGCUUUGAAGAAUUUCCUAGAUAGUAGCUGUGUGGAUGUAUUUGAGGCUAGUCACAAGCAGCAGCUGGCAAGUAGAGAGAAGCACAAGUCACAGGAAGGAGUUUUAAAGAAAACAAAUUCAGAUAAGAGUAUUACCAUUCAGAACCUCCAGAAUGAAUUACAAGAGUUGCAGUGUAAUCUGACUUUGGCAGAAGGAGCAAGAUGGGAUAGUAGAUGUGCUCUUACAGUGGUGGAAAGUGAAGUAGAGUGUCUAGAGAACAUUUGUAGGGAUGUCAAGAAAGAUAACACUGACACUGUGUCAAGCUUGCAACAUGAAUUAGAGACACUUAGAGAAAAUGUAAGGAGCUCUGUAAUGAAAGGAUGUAGAGGAAAUGAAUUAUGUGAAGGGAAAUCAUCAAAAGUUUCAGAUACAACAAAGGCACAGUUAUUGGAAGAGAAAGCAGUAGGAGGUAAAACUGUUACCAUAGACAAUGAAAUGGUGUUAACAGGAGCUGAAAAGGAACUAAGUAAGUUAGGAAUACCAGAUGAUGAAGUUCAUAGUGUGAUGGAAAUGGUUCUUCACAAGGUUGGUGGACGCACACUAAGAGCCCGCCCCCAGAAAGUGGGGUUGGCAAAAUCUGUCUAGUGACUGUAUUGGUAGAUGCUUGCAAGAAGCAAAGCAUAUGGACUAAAGUGAAUAUACAGUUUUAUUUUGUUUUAUUAAUAUUUUUUUUUACUGAUAUGACAGUUCUCAUUAUACAGUUGAUAAGAAACAUCAACUUGUAAAAAGAAUAUUUUUUCAGGAAUUUUUUGUGUCAUUGCUUUUAUUGUAAUAUAUGGCUAGAUAUUCAGAAGAAAAAGUUGUAGUUUAUAUUUACAAGUCUAAUUUUGUGGGACACCAAGAAAAUUGUACAUAAUUGGCACAUAAUUCUAUUAGCUCCUAUGGUUGCUGUGAUUAUGUAUGAAAAAAGAAAUUUAUAUACAUAUAUAUGUGCUUCAUUAUAUUUUAAUGACCUUCAAGUCAAAUGGUCAUAGAUUGAUAAACAAGUUAUCUUUAAAGUACAAAUAGGUUUUAAGGAAGAAUAUAUGGUGGAUAUAGCAAAAAGUAUUGUGAAAGAAAAAAAAAACCUGGAUUAUUUGCAUUGUUGAGAGAAGAGGAAGUUCAUCGUUCAAGGAAAAGUUCUGAGUGGAAGUCAUGGCAGCAUCACGUGAGCGCCGUAACAAUGCUGGGGCAAAGAUGUCCCAGCUGCUGGAUGAGGAAGAAGAAGACGAUUUUUACAAGACCACAUAUGGAGGGUUUAGUGAAGAAGCAGAUGAUGUGGACUACCAGUCAGAAGUUGAACAGGAUGAUGAGGUGGACUCUGACUUCAGCAUAGAUGAAAAUGACGAGCCAGUUUCUGAUCAAGAAGAAGAUAACAAGGAAGGGAAGAAGAAACGAGGCAGACUUAUAACCAAGGCAUAUAAGG